AUGUCAAGUGGAGAUCGCAAGCGGCCCGCGCCAUCUACUUCAAAUAGCGGAUCGAGCUCUAGAGCAAAAUGUCCUUCGAGAUUUAUUCUUCCUGCGAGAAAGCAGCCAAGUUUACCUUGGAUGCCACGCGCCGGAUACGACCACGAAUUGGGACAGGACAGUCAGUUGUUACGAGCUGCUAAGAAUUACUAUCCUGAAGGUGAGGGUGAGGGUAGCUGCAGUGAAUUUCCGCCCCUCAUGCAAGCGAAAUCAUGGACUAGAGGCGUUCCGUAUAGAGACAGUGUCGACCAUGCGAAACCUGUUGAUUCUACUGGUAAUUGUUAUACGAGACGCACAAAGACAAUGAGAACGAUAAAUAUGCCUCCAAAACGACGUUCCCCGCCACAACUGUAUGGACCAAUAGGACCGAAUGGUGAAUUACAAUUUCCACCCUUGAAAUCUUGGGCGGAGAGAGAGAAGGAGAAGUUGGAGGCAUUGAAGAAAGAAAAAGAGAAAAAUAAACUGCCUAAAGGUUUGGUAUUGCUGGAAGAUUUGGUAUCUGGAGCCUAUGACCGGCGAAAGGCUGCAGAGGCAGAAGCUAAAAGAAAAAGAAUAGAGAAAAAGAAAAGAGAGAAAGCAGAGGCUGAAUUAGCAGCACAAGAAGCAUUGAAGAAACAUUUAGCAAAAUUGGAGUUUGAGCUGCCUCGAGAUCCCGACGAGCAGAAGUUGCAAAUGUUGAAGAUAACAGAAGAAGAACACUACCGUUACAUACAUCCUAAGGAUUUGGAGAGGAUUGAGUAUUACUUGACUACGACUCUGAAAGGAAAUCACAUCCCGGAGUUUCCAGAACAUCUCUAUAAAAGAGCAAAAACGAAAGUGGACAAACAGACGGCCGAUAUAAAGAAACGCCUCAUGAUCCUUACUUAUAAAGCGUGUGUCCGACAAAGCGAGGCCGACAUCAAGGAGUUUUUUCUUAUGGCAAUGAAAAGGUGUCUCCUCUCCUAUAUCCUAGAGGAUCCAGAAGAAAGCCAGCGUCUGCAGAUCGCGUUCCUGCCGGCGCUGUGGCCGGCGCUGUGCGUGCGUGCGCCGGCGCCGUGGCACGCCGCGGCGGUGCGCAGCAAACACUCCAUGUACUACCGAUACUACCAGGGCAAUCCUAUUUUGUUGGAACUUAGGAGGAUAUGGCAGGAGAGGUACCAAAAUAUGUAUAUCUGCGAUAUGAAUAAAAUGCAAUCAGAGCUACCAUUCCCCCACUACCCGAGCGACUUUGGUGAGCGUCUCAACCAGCUGUGCACAGAGACCAGGACUGAGCUGAUGGAGAACUGGCUCAUAGAUGUAGCAGACACCAUGGUGAAGAUGAGGAAGCACUGGGCGGUGUAUGUGGCGAAGAAGAAGAAGGAAUCGACUUUCCAAGUUGAGAAGUUCUUCAGUUGUAUUCAUGCUCUGAUGUCACGACAGAUUCGUGAUUUGGUUGAAAGAAGCGUGGAACAUUUUGCUGAAUAUUUCUCAUAUUAUUGGGAAGGUAACAAUUACGGCAAAGACUACAAAGACUACACAUACAUCAAGCGGCCGCUCCUCCGCAUCAAGGUGACGGGCAAGCCGGGCUCUACAUCCAUCACCUUCGACCCCACGCUGGAGCACAUGCGCGUCACCAUCAUCAAGUGGUUCCACACCAUCAUCAAAGUCAACCACCAGAUACCCAGUGUAGAUAGCAUCAUGUAUCCUGGAGUGGAUCGUCCCAACCCAUACUUAAUGUCAGUGUACCCAGAGGAGCAGUACAUGACGGAUAUAGUGAACAAUUGUAUAAAGCACUUCAACGUCAACCGUCCGGGCCCUCUCAGUUUCCUCGUCAGGUACGAGGAGUACUUCUAUAUCCUCGAUGGAACUGCUCACCAGGAUCUGUUGAAGUUCUUCGCUUUGGAUCCACCGCCGUACUUAAAGGAUUUCUCUGCUCGUAUAUAUAUGUACGAGGCUCUCCGGGAUGAAAUAGCGUUCCUCCGUCGGGACAUUCCCUUGAACAUGAUAAUGUUAGACUGCGGGCCCAUCAACGACGUGAUGUGGGCCGUCGUGGAUGGACUGCGACAGUAUAUUGUGGACCAUUUCAUAUCUGUUAAUCGGAAGUGGAAUAGGGCUAUCUGCAACGUGUAUGAGGAGAUGGCAGCGCGCACGUCGGAGAGCCCGGAGAGCACGGCGCAGCUGGUGGAGCUGCUCGGCUACAUCCAGGACUGCCGCGACUGCGCCAUGUUCGAUCUGCGCGAGAAGGCGCGCACCACUGCCGAGUACGUGCUCUUCUUGAUGGACCAUGCCCAUCUGACUUUUGAAGACAUAAAUUUGAAUACGCGCGUAUUCCUAUGGCCUCUCGACAUGGAGGAGACCAUCGACCUCACAUUAAAGACUCUCAACACAAAGAAGACAAUGGCCGAAGAUAAAUUGAGAAGCAGAAAGGCAAUAUUUGAGGAGAAGCUCAAGAAACAUGAGAAAGAACUGGAGAUGUUCAGAAGAUUUGAUCCGCCCUUACUCAAUUUAGAUCUGUUGAGAGAAGUAGUUGGGAAAGUGGACGACAUCUUUAAAAAUUUGUCGGAAGACAAACGUGAAGCGGACGAUAUAAUAAACGAAGAAGUACUUCUAGAGCAAGAGGCGUCCGUGUACUUCAGUCUGCAGAGCAUGCUCGCCGGCGUCGAGCCCUUCCACAAGCUGUGGCACACUGCGUAUGACUUCUACGAUGGAUACGAUAAGUGGUACCACGGCCCCUUCCAUGGUCUGGAUGCGGAGCAGAUCUCGGAGGACGUGGAGGCGUGGUGGAAGCUGCUGUACAAGCUGGGCAAGCAGCUGUUCGAGUUCCCCGGCGCCAAGCGCAUCGCGGACAUGGUCCGGAACAAGGUGGAGAAGUUCAAGGUGCUGCUGCCGGUGCUCUGUGCUAUUUGUAAUAAGGGCAUGCGCGAACGCCACUGGGCCCGCAUCAGCGCGCUGGUGGGCGCGGAGGUGCAGCACGGCGCGGGCCGCUCGCUGGCCGACAUGGUGGAGGCGGGCGUGCACGUGUUCGCGCCGCAGCUGCAGGAGAUCGAGCAGUACGCCUCCAAGGAGUACGCUCUGGAGAAGGCCUUGCUCAACAUGAAGGACGAGUGGGUGGGCGUCAAGUUCGACGUGCUGCCGUACAGGGACACGGGGGUGGGCAUCCUGACCGGCCUGGACGACAUACAGCAGCAGCUGGACGACCACAUCCUGAAGUCGCAGACGAUGCGCGGCUCGCCCUACGUGAAGGCGUUCGAGGCGGACAUGGUGGCGUGGGAGGAGAAGCUCAUCAGCAUGCAGGAUAUACUGGACCAGUGGCUGCAGUGUCAAGCUACAUGGAUGUAUCUAGAGCCGAUCUUCUCAUCCGAAGACAUAAUGCGACAAAUGCCCACUGAGGCGAGGAAUUUCCGUGACGUGGACAAGGAGUGGCGAACUAUCAUGGCGGCCACACAGAAGGAACCCAUGGUGCUUAAAGCCACAGAUUAUCCAGGGCUGUUGAAGACGUUGAGAUAUAACAACGCCCUCUUGGAUGAUAUACAGCGCGGCUUAAAUGAUUAUUUGGAGAAGAAGAGACUGUUCUUCCCCAGAUUCUUCUUCCUCUCGAACGACGAACUGCUGGAGAUACUCUCGGAGACGAAGGACCCAAUGCGCGUGCAGCCACACCUCAAGAAGUGCUUCGAAGGCAUCUACACGCUUCAGUUCAAUGCCGCCAAAGAAAUCGUCGGUAUGUCCUCUGCCGAGGGCGAGACGGUCAGGCUCUCGUCCACCAUACAACCGGCUGAUGCUAAGGGCAUGGUGGAGCGCUGGCUGCAGCAGCUGGAGCAGCAGAUGAUAGUGAGCCUGCGCGACGUGGCGGCGGAGGCGCUCGCGGCGUACCCGCUGGCGCCGCGCGAGGCCUGGGUGCUGCGCUGGCCGGGGCAGAUCGUGCAGGCCGGCGCCUGCAUACAGUAUACUGCUGAGGCGAUAGAGGCGAUCCAGAGUAGUUCGCUGCCGGCGCUGGUGGCGCGCAGCACGGCGCAGAUUAACGGGCUGGUGGGGCUCGUGCAGGGCGAGUUGGGCGCCGGCGCGCGCGUCACCGUCGAGGCGCUCAUCGUCCUCGACGUGCACGGUCGUUCAAUCCUCGAAGAGAUGGAACAAAAGCAAGUGCGUGACAUAACGGACUUCAACUGGAUCUCGCAGCUGCGCUACACUUGGCGCGGCGAGCGCAUCCUCUGCUCCAUGAUCACCACCGACGUGGGCUACGGGUUCGAGUACCUCGGCAACACCGGCCGCCUCGUCGCCACGCCGCUCACCGACCGGUGUUACAGAACACUAAUGAGUGCUCUAAAAUUGAAUCUUGGCGGAGCCCCAGAAGGCCCGGCGGGAACGGGCAAGACUGAAACUACUAAGGACUUGGCCAAAGCGGUAGCAAAGAAGUGUGUCGUCUUCAAUUGCUCUGAUGGUCUUGAUUAUAAAGCUCUUGGAAAGUUCUUUAAGGGUUUAGCGCAGUCCGGCGCG